AUGCAGUGGCGUAACUAUAGAAGAAGCGGACUCUGCGGCCGCAGGGAGGGGAAGAAGGAGGCCAAGACUGGGAGGUCAGCUUCCUCCAUAGUUGCUUUGAAAAACCUUGAUGAGAAGAAAGCAGACAAGGAUGUUGUAGAGGAGCAGUUGCACACCAAAGCAGAUACAUGCUCCCUAGAACAGACAGUGAGCCGCACACAGUUUGAUAGUGCUUAUAGGAACCUGACUAAUGCCAUCAAGGGCUUGCUGGGCAAGGUGACAGUACAAGAACAGGAAUGGCAGAUAUCUCAUGAUAAAAUCACGACCGAGAGGCUCAAGGAGAGACCGCCACCGGCCGAGCCUGAUGUGGCUGCCGGCAUCCGCAGACAACUGAUUCCCAUCACUAAAUGUCUCUCCUGCAGCCAUCCUGUGGAAUUGAAAGUGCCUAAACCUCCUCAAGCACCAGUUCCACACUUUCCUGCUUUCAGCAAGGCUCAACCUCUGGCACCCCUCACCGCCCAGGGUGUC